GGCCACAUUGAUCUCGUCAAUGAGGAUGGUUCAGUGCACAAGAGAUUACCCCUGGCCACGCAAUUCUUCAAUCCGGCUGAGCUUACGGAACCAGGAAACAUCGACCGAUUCUACCGUGGUCUCAUCACCCAACCAUCCCAGAGCUACGACGGCUUCAUGAGCGAACAGCUGACCAACCACCUCUUUGAGCCUCCUGGCUUCCCUUUCGGAACCGAUUUGGCCGCCUUGAAUGUCCAGCGUGGUCGUGACCACGGCAUACCCAGCUACAACGACUGGCGCGAGUUCUGCGGUAUACCACGCAUCACCGACUUCUCACAGCUGGCCGACGUCAUGUCUCCGCAGGCAGCCCAAGCCUUCGCUCAAGUCUACAAGUUUCCUGACGAUAUCGACCUUUUCGCUGCCGGUGUAAACGAGCGCCCUGUGCCUGGUGCAGCGCUGGGCCCCAUAUUCGCCUGCACAAUAGCCGAGCAGUUCCGGAGAAUGAAGAAUGGCGACCGCUUCUGGUACGAAAACGGAGGUCUGGAAUCUUCACUCAACGAGGUGCAAAUUGAGGAAAUCCGCAAGGCAAGCCUGGCAAGAAUUAUCUGUGAUAAUUCCAACGUUAAGUUCGUCCAGCCGCUUGUGAUGAUCCGGGAAACCAGCUGGAAUCCCAAGGUCGACUGUGACGGUGAGGACAUUCCCCGGGUGGACUUGGACAAUUGGCAGAACGAACCAGUGUGGACGUAAAUCCAUAUAGGUGCACCCAGUUUUGACUUGCAGCUAUUCUUCGUCCCGUUCUCCUCCUCCGUUCUACAAAGAAGACAGUACAUACUCUACAUACUAUUGGAAGAUAUACUCUUGUUAUCACCCUAUGAAAAUAAAAUCCACGGAUGGGCGUUCAUUCCCCCUGCUCUAAAAUACACUC